ACAAGCCCCUCCCUGCUCCAUGCACUCUUUUACACACAAGCAACCCCAGCUUCUGUUAUGGCAGGAGCUGCACAUUGGCAUUUACCAAACAGCCGUGGCAUGCCACUCUCCCUGACAGCACCUCCCUGCCCUCUCCAGAGACAGACAGACAGGCUGAACGGAGCUGAGAACAGACUGUAGUGGACUGUCUGGCAAACACACCCUCACAUCAGCAAGACAAAGUGGAGGAAACUGCUGAGCACAUGUCACAAGAUACUGAAGGUCCAACCAGAUAAUGUGACAACAAAUUGUUUGGAGAACUGAACAGAGCAAAACGAUGGAAGAACAAAACGGAAAUAUCUCACCUCAUAAAAUGACAGAGAAUGGAAUUAAAGAAAAGCCCCCUUACUCAGUGGAAACCCCUUAUGGCUUCCGACUUGAUCUGGACUUCCUGAAAUAUGUGGAUGACAUAGAGAAAGGCAACACCAUCAAAAGAGUCCCAAUCCAGCGCCGGAGCAAGGGACUCCGAGCAAGCACUCUUCCCAGGCACCUCAACCCUUCUGGCGGUGGCUACCGCCCCAGCCCCUGGGGAUCUACUGGAGCUCUAGGCCCAAGGUCCCGACUGUCAGAUACCCAUCACCAUGGCUACACUUCGUGGGCGUACGAUCAUAGGUCAUCCCUCUCUCCCACAGGCCUCAAAUCCUUAUCGGAGAUGGAGGCCAGAAUCAAGGAGUUUGAUGAGCAACCUCUAGGUGAACACAUCAGACCACAUCUUCUUCGAGCCUCCAGUCUGCCUCUCACAGUAUUACUAAGACAGGGCUCAGAGUCUACAGAUGACCCUGGCAGUCUCCGGAGUUCUAGGGAUCACCUUGGAGGAAGAAUCACUUCCUGUGAAGAUGUUUUCUACUCCUCGGAUAGCCCUCGACCUCAGGACUGCUCGGGGCUGUUGAGGCGCCUGACCGAGGCCCUUGAACGUGUAGGGGAGCUGGAGAUGGAGGUGAGGGUCAUUCCAGAGCUCAGGGCUCAGAUAUGCAUCCUCCAAGAGGAAAGAGAAAGACUCCGUCUGGGCCUGAAUCCACAUGUCCAUUCCCCUGCGAUGAAUGGAACCAUAGACCCUCACAACAUGUCCCAAUAUGGGACUGUGGACAUCAAAAGGCCUCGGCAUGAAAGUCAUAUCAUGUUUCCUAAAAAUCACAGUGUCACAGAUGACAAUCCAACACACGAGUGGAGGACUAGUACAGAUCUGGAUGAGCUGCUGACGGUGACGUCCCUGCAGGCUAAGGUGGCUGUGCUGGAGCAGAAGCUCCAUGAAACUGGCCUAGAGCUCAAGAGAGCUGUAGGUCUGCUGAGGGAGCAGCAGGAGGAGAGCAGGAGGAAAGACGAAAAGAUGGAGCACCUUAUCAGGAAUCCUGGGGUGUGGGUCCGGGCAGAGAGGGUGGUGGUGGACCAAGAUGGAGAUGAGACGGUGGUGAGAUCCAUUGAACCGGUGUUUUCCUCAAGAGGCCCAGACACAUUCAGCAGCACAAGAACUGUCACCAUGAAUGGACAACGAAGUCGACAACAAGACUCGGUAGUUGAUUCCACAUCUGCUGAAAGGAGUCCACUGGUGUCUGCUGGACCCGGAGAGGCUUCAGCUGAGGACACAGCAAUGGUUGUCCACCACAUAGAGAAGAUCAAGAGGCUCUUGGACGAGCAGUGGGAAUGCUUGUGUGCAGACAGGGAGUCAGGAGAGGAGGAUAAACCUCUAAAGCACCCAGAACCUAAAGUCAACUCCCUGCAGCAGGAGAUGAUGGGACUUGUUGACAUCCUCAUCUCCUACUACACCCAGCAUGGACACAGUGAUGGAGAAAGGAUUCCACGUACAGCUUCUAAAUCCAUCAUGAAGACAGAUGGAUGUGCCCGGAUGUCAAAAAACCAACAUUCUGGGGGUGUUAAUGAAGGAUGUAAAACAAUCGCAGGUGGAAAUCUACUUGCACAGGACGCUGUGAACCGGAGUGUUCAUGGUGACUGGGAGCAGAAGGAGGGCAGCGUCAGCCCUACAGGGAUGGCUGCUGCCCAGGUGGAUGCAGACUCAGAGAAGAGACGGAUGGAGGGAGAGAGGAAAACGAGCCCAGACAGACAGAUGAUAUCGGGAGGAACAGGAUCAGGGCGGACAGAUGGAGGCAUAGCAUCUGUGGAGGCUGAGGCUCCAGAGAAAAUGGCCAAGACAAAACCAAAACCCCCAGGAGAACAGAUGGAGAGGUACUCUGGCUCGGAAGCAACCACCGGGGGCAGGGAGACUAUGAGUGCAGAUUUUAUGGCUGCCUGUCAGUUCCUCAGUGACCACAUGGACAACAUGGGCAACCCAAAUGAUGAUAUGAGGAAGGCCCUGGUCGUGUUGUUUCAGCACUGGUUCACUGCGGCAGCAGAAGAGGCUUCGGUGGCCAGCAGGGUGGCUACAUACCUGAAGGAGGUGAGGAAGGCCACACCAUCACUGCUGGCCUUCCUCGUCAACCUGGCCGACGACAACGGCAACACAGUUCUGCAUUACAGUGUGUCCCACUGCAACUACAGCAUCGUCAGCCUGCUACUGGACACAGGUGUGAGUGACGUGAACCUUCAGAACAACGCUGGUUUCACGGCCGUGAUGCUGGCCUCCCUCACGGCCCCCGACGGCCCUGGUGGCAUGGAAGUGGUGCGCAAGAUAAUGGAGUUGGGCAACAUUAACAUUCGCUCCAACCAGACAGGCCAGACAGCUCUGCACUUGGCAGUGAGACACGGUCGAGUUGUGAUGGUUCGCCUGCUGCUGAGUUGUGGAGCAGACACCAACAUCCAGGACAGCCAGGGAACCACGGCCCUGAUGUUUGCAUCUGAGAGGGGCCACACACACAUCGCGAGGCUGCUGCUGGAGAGGAGCCAGUGUGACCUCACCCUCACUGACAAGCGUGGUCAAACUGCACUCUCUAUCGCCAUGCAAGGUUCCCACACUGAUACAGCCGCCCUCCUGCAGGCCCACGCUAAAGCUCGAGCUCUGUAGUCCUGGAAAAACCGGAAGAGAAUCUGCAGAUGCAUGAUCCUCUCACGUGUGCUCUUUUCUGUCUGGGGGAUUUAGAGAAGUGGUUUACGGUUGGCGCUGUGUGCUUGGAUUGAGCUGUUUCUGACAUGAUAUUGUUUCUGAAUUGUGGACUUUUGCAUGAGCCUUAGCUUGAGUUUUGGAUGGGAUGACAUCAUUUAUAACAAGACUCAUCGGUGUGUCAGGUAAAGCUUUAGAUGAGUGUUUGUCAUGACUGUUGAAAUGUUCAGUCUUUACUGUUGAUGUUCAUAGUUAGGUCUGAUCUUUGCACAUCCAAAUAGCAGCUUCACUCUGCAAACUAUGCAAUAAAAAAUAUAUUUAUUAUAUGUUUAUUGUAUUGGUCACAUGACUAUGUUGACAGUAAAAGGUGUGUGCUUAUGAUAAAAUGUUCCCUAUCAGAGGUGCUUCUUUGUUUAUAGAGGAAAGGUAGAGAUUACUUUUUGCAUUCUUGCAGCAGCUCAGCACUUAUUGAAUAAAAUGUGUGUAAAAUAUGUCAAGAAAUGCAAAAUUCUUGUACAAUGCUGCAUGCCGAGUACACGAAAGAAAGACUAAUCUAAACCAGCCUGUUGAUUUCACUCACUAUAUUUCUAUAAUUGUUUGUUUUUAAUAAAAUAACAGAAACUGG